UCACCUUCGAUUUCACAACCAUCGUUUACAGUUGCAGCACAAAAAGCAACUGUACCUGGUAUUUCACUAUUGAAUCGGUUAGAUCACCUGGAUAGAUCACCUGGGCAUACAUUUAAAACUCCAACCCCAACAAUCACAUCUGUGAAGCCAAAUGUAUCAUCAAACAUCAUUAUUCUAGAGACUGGAGUAUCAGAUAUUACGGGUGCCUUAGAAACAGUUUUCUCUAACGGGAGAGCUAGUUCAGUCCCACUUCAACUCGGGGCAGAUUUAGAGAACUUACCAAAUAUUACAACUGACCUACUAUCGUCACUGAAAGAUGAAAGUAAAAUAAUACAUUCCUCCAAACAAAGGGAUCCAGCUGUUCACUCAAGUCAAAUUAACGUCACGUCAAUUACAUUCCCGUCGACUGUAAAUGAAUUCACUUCAAAAGAAGUGUACAAGACUGUUACUGUUCCACCCAUUGCUUCAAUACAUGCUUUUGUUUUAGCCCCAAUUACAGUGCCUUCAUACUCGCCCAGCACAACGUUGCGUUUGCUUGUGUCACCGUAUGUAUCCCUGAACAUACAAGGCAUAUCUCGUCGAAAUGCAUCAUCAAUAACCCUUUUCAAAAAUGA